CCCUCAGGAAGAGCCCCAACCCCAUCCCCAGUAGCGCAUGUGCAAGUUGCCAGGCGGGGAGGAAGGGGCCUCUUCCAAGCUGACACCUGGAUGGCUCCUCUCCUGCAUGAGCCCUGCCUAUGUUCCCCAUGGCCAGUACCCAGCAUGGCCUGCUGGCCCUGCCCCUUCCACAGCCUCAGCCGGACUUCACUCUCCAAGCACACAAACUGCCUGGCACACAUCACAGCCGUCAUUUAACUUUAAUAUUAUUAGAUUAUGAAGGCCCGUCUCUCUUCCAAGUGGUAAGCUCUAUGAGAGAAAGGGCAUGUCUGCGAUUGGCUCCCAAGUGCCCAGCACCAAGCCCACCCUGUGAUGGGUGCUCAAGGAAUCCCCAUAAAAUAAGAGGGGUGACAUUGGGUGCAGAGAAAGAGGGGGGUAAGAAAGACUUUGCAAAGGGAGUCUGGACAAAGCUGGUGACUGAUUUCUGGCCUCCAGUUGUGUUCUGGCACUGGUGGGCUCCCCCACCCAUGCUCUUCUGGCUCAGCCUCUAUUGCAGCCCACCUGGCUGCCAUCUUGGGACCCUCCCCAAGGAUGAGGGAUGCAGUUGAGAUGGUUACUGGUGCACGUUGUCUCUCCCCUUCCUUAUGUGCUUAGAAACCCCACUUGCCUUCCUUUGCUCACUCUCCCCACCCCCCAGUUUCUUUAAAGGCCUUUUGUGGCCAGUCACAUCCAGGGUGGUCCACAGAGGCCUCACCCUGGCUCUAGCCCUUGAGGGUUCUCACCCCCGACAGUGAGCCCCACACCGGGCAGGGCUGGAUCCAGAAAAAUGUUCUCAGGGCAGGCAGGUCCUGGGAACAGAACACUCCCUUUGAGGGCACAAUGCAGGUGCAGCUCUAGAAUCCUCCAUUCUAGACUAUGCCCUCCCCCGCACCAAUCCCCAGCUGUGUCAGCCCCCAUCCCCAGCUCUCAUUCCUGGUCACUCCCCUGCGUGGGCUCCAGUCCCAGCAAGACUUGAGAAACUUGGCUACAGCCGCUAGGGGGCGCAGGUCCUGCCUGGUCUCCUGGGGCCCAGUCACCCCUGACCCUCCGAAGUUAAGUCAGGCCUCAGCUGUGCCCCACCACCCCAACCUGCCAAGGCCGGUGGUGAACCGGCCUGCACUGGCCCCUUCCGUGGCGCCCUGCCCUCCAUGAAGGGCAGCGGCCGGCGAAAGCUGGACCAGCGAGUCUUCAUGGAGCAGGUGCGCGAGUGCAGAGACAAGGGCUACCUGCUCUCUUCCAAGAUCGGCUCCGGCACCUUCUCCAAAGUCUACCUGGCCUAUGCCAUGCACCAGAGCAUGAAGCACAACCGCAAGCUCGCCUCCGACCUGCAGGGAAAGCGCCACACCAUAGUGAGCAGGCCCACCUCCUCCCGUGGGCGGGGGCUCCAGGAGUCCUGUCCAAACCCUAAACCCUACUCGGGCACCUCCCAGCUGCUCUGGCUUCCUCCCAACCCCGCAUGCACCCUGGAGGCCAAGGCUCCCGCAGGCUGACCACUCCCAGUUCUGGGACCUCUGAGCACAUAAGUGCCUUAGAUAGGAGGGAGGGGAAGGUCAGCGCCAUCCCCCAGGUGCUGCUUACCCAGCCUCACCCUCCAAGUUCAUCGAUGUGCACAAAGGACACGGGACCUGUCCUGCUACAUCCUGCCCCUGAGGGGCUGUGGUCUGCACACAGUGGCUACUGCCCACCCCACAGGUGGCUAUCAAGAUCGUCUCCACCACCGAGGCCUGUGUGGAGUUCUCCCACAAGUUCCUGCCCCGUAAGAUCUCGUCGCUCAAUGCUUCCCUACAAGCACUAGAAGGUGGUGGGCAGAGAGGCCAGGACAGCCCAUCCCCACCCUGCCCAUCCCGGCGGCCAGCCUGCACCACACCUGCUGCCCACCCCAGGCCUGUCCCCUUCCCCACCUGGGACCCUUGUGCUCGGGCCCUGACCCCAUCUUGAGACCCCAAUUCAGUGCACUGCACAGCCCCUCCUUGGGGUGACAGCAGGUGGGUGGGGGUCCUGCAGGUGCAGCUGUACGAAACCUAACACAACAGCCAGCGCUCCUACCUGGUGCUCGAGCUGGCGGGCAGCAGUGACCUGUUGGAGCACAUCAAAGUGGUAUCAGCCCACCACUGCUGCCUGGGGCUGGAGGAGGCAGCCCACAGGCUGUUCUGGCAGCUGCUCAGUGCCGUGGCCCAUUGCCACAGCGCGGGCAUCGUGCACUAGUAAGGGUGCCAUCCAGCCUACCCACCCUCUUGCAUGGAGGGGCCCACCUGAGUCCAGGCCCUUCCCCACAUAGGGACCUGAAGUGUGAGAACAUCCUGCUGGAUGACCAAGGUUUCCUAAUGCUGACUGGUGAGUCUCUGGGCCAGCCUCUACCCUUGCACCAGCCUUCAACUUCUGCCAGAAGCCCAUGCCACCCUUGUCCCAGCCAGGCUCUCAGCCUCUACACUGGUCUGCUCCAGACCGGCUCCCAGCCGGGCUUGACCUUCAGCCCUCCCAGGAGGCCUCCACCCCACCCUUGCCUGCAGCCACACUUGU